AUGCGAAUAAGCCUUUCGGCGCUAUCGGCGUGGGUUGCCGGCACCCUGAAAAAUUGGAGCAUCUACAGAGCAUUCCUCAUUCCUUACUUUGCCAUGCUGUUCAUGGCGGGUCUCCCGAUUUUCUACCUGGAAUUGGCCAUCGGGCAAUAUGUGGGCAUAGGACCAACGUCAGGUUUUAAGCGAAUUGCUCCAAUCUUCCACGGGCUUGGAUAUGGGAUGUUGAUGGUUUCCUUCCUGGUGAUGUUGUACUACAAUAUGAUCAUCGCAUAUGCCAUCUUCUACAUGGGCGCGUCGUUCUCUUCGGAGCUUGGUUGGGCCCGCUGCGGACAUCCCUGGAACACACCAAGUCUCUCCUCUCUCUCAUUCUCUCAUCCUUUCUCUCACAUCGAAUAUAAAGGAAUAGCGACUAUAACUACGACUGCGCUCAGUGAAGUGCUCAGACAGCUCAACCAAUCACAGUUCAGCAGAGCAGACAUUCUGAGUGACUGUUUCUCAUUGGCGGAUGCGGAGGACUGCCUAAAGAAGGGGAACGGAACAAUGGUGUUAUGGAACAACACGUGCACCUUGACUUCUAAAGCGUGCGCAGCCACCAAGAACUUGUGCGCAGAUCAGAACUUUCUGAACUGCCUCCGUCACCACAUGUCUAGCCAUAACAACACACACUGUUUCAACAUCAGCGCCAUGAAUGCUCAGCCACAAGAGCCGCAGUACCAGCAUGUCCGCAUCCGAGAUGCCUUCGAACGCAUCUCCUCCUCAGAGGAGUACUGGACGAAUCAUGUGUUGGGGAUGAGUUCAGGUUGGGAAGAGUAUGGGGGAAUCCGUUGGCAAUUGGUUCUUUGUCUUUUUGUUGCGUGGGUCAUUGUGGCCGUGUGCUUGAUCAAGGGUGUCCAGAGCUCCGGGAAGGUGGUAUACUUCACCGCUCUAUUCCCUUACCUCGUCCUCCUCAUCUUCCUCAUCUAUGGUAUUGUAGAGAAAAGAAGAGAUGGGUACGCGAACACGUAUCAGAUGAACAAACUCAGAAUAAGCGCCGAAAGCAUCAGUAAUUUGAUCUAUACGUGUAUUUGGAGUGCAUUGGUGUGCUGUGGAACCACAACUUUUUGCAACCACAUUUUAAUAAUAACAAUUCUUGAUAUUAAUGAGUGCUGUGGUUUGUGUGCAGGAGCAACUUUACCAGGAGCGAAAGAUGGAGUAUUAUUUUAUUUGACGCCUCAAUGGGAGCAACUAACGUCAGUGGGCGUGUGGUACAAGGCAGCGACUCAAAUCUUCUACUCGCUUGGGCCUGCUUUUGGCGGGCUCCUCACUCUGGCCUCUUACAACCGAUUUAACAACAACUGCCAAAGAGAUGGAAUCACAGUGGCAUUGAGCAAUUGCAUGACCUCCUUCUUUGCCGGCUUUGUCAUCUAUUCUAUCGUGGGAUUUAUGGCCCACGAACUGGAUGUGGAGGUUAAGAAUGUGAUUCGAGAUGGAACGGGACUCGCAUUUGUGGCUUAUCCAGAUGCCGUGGCACGAAUGCCUAUUCCUCAACUCUGGGCUUUCCUCUUCUUCCUCAUGCUCAUCACUCUUGGUUUAGACAGCCAGGUA